AUGGCUAGCCUUCGAUACCUGUCAGUGCUGCCAGUGCUGUCAAGCUUUCUUCCUCCUCUCCCACUCCUCUCUCCCUCAUCUUUCCUUCCUCUCUCCCUCCUCUCUCCCUUCUUCCUUCUGCCUCUCUUCUCUACUCCCACUUCUUCUCUCCCUCCUCUCUGCCUCCUCAUUUACUCCUCUUUGUCUCCCCCCUCUCUCCCCUCGAUACUUCCUUUCCCUCCAAGGCUCAUGUGGCCGCUCAUUCCCAUUGGGCUGUCAAAGGCUGCUUUGACCGACUCCCCUCCCGACUUUCUCCUGGAACUUGUUAACCUUGAGGAACUUGAUCUUACCAACAACUGGUUCUCUGGCCCCAUUCCCGAUUUCCUAAUCAACCUCCCGCUGAUCAAGUCACUCAACCUGGCAAGAAAUUACCUCACGGGUCCUAUCCCUGAUGACAUUUCCAAUGUUGCGGGUGCAGUCACCAUUGAUUUGUCAGGCAACUCUCUUGAUGGCUCCAUUCCUGCUUCCAUAUUCCACCUCCAUCGCCUGCAAAAUCUGGAUUUGAGUAACAACCAGCUAUCAGGGCCACUGCCUACCAUCCUUAGUCGAGCCACCUCUCUCUCCCACCUGUCAGUCCCCCUCCCGCCCAUCAGUCCCCCUCCCAUGCUUUCGACCUCAGCAGCAACAUCUUCUCGGGAUCGCUGCCUUUGGGCUACAGCCGCCUCUCACAGCUAUCCACCCUGUCAGUACCACGCAGUCCCACAAACUCAAACAAACAACCCCCCUCCCCCCACCCUUCCUCCUCCCCUUUUCCUCUCCUCCCCACACGUACCUCCCCCCGCCCCUCUUCUCCACCUUUUCAUCCUCCCCUCCACCCUCUCAAACGCCGGUGGGAAAUACACGUUUCUGCCUCAUAGAAACCUGAGCUUCAACCGUCUGUCGGGCACACUCAUUCCAUCCAUCAGCGCCCUCACUGCUCUGCAGGAGCUAUCUCUCUCCAACAAUGCUCUCACAGGCUUUAUUCCAGCAGCAGCCAUCGCACAGAUUCCCAACCUGCAGAAGCUGUAUGCACGCCACCACUUGCACCCCACCGCUUGCACCACACAUUCACAGACUCUUGCUCUUAAUUUCUGUCCCUCUCCCUUUUGCUCCCUUUCCCUUUCCACCGUCUCGCUUCCCCCCUCUCCUUCCCCACCCUCUCCCUUCCCCCUCUCCCCCUUCCGUGCUCUCCUUUCCCCUCCUCUCCUUUCCCCUCCUCUCCCUCCCCCCUCUCUUCCUUCCCCAUCUCUCCCUCCCCCACCUCUUUCUUUGCCCACUCUUCCUUGCCCGCUGUACGUGUGCACGGCAGGGACCUGA